AUGUCUACCGCAAACACCGACCACGUAGAGGAGAUCUAUGCUUUUCCCCAGGCGACCUUUAUUGAGAAUAUACACGUUCGCAGUAAUGGUAGCCUCCUCCUCAGCACCCUCAACACAGGGAAGCUCUAUUCGCUGGACCCGAAUGCUGCCAAACCGGCGCCUGUCGUCGUGGCUAUACUGCCCGGUAGCACUGGCCUCACGGGUAUCGCAACCAUCGAGCCUAACCUGUAUGCCAUCAGUGGGGGACUUCACUCGGAAUUCAUCUUUGCCAACGACAGCAUGGCCAUCUAUGUUGUCUCGCUGCCGCCAACCAUUGCAAGUACCAACCCCAACGCUGGAAAUGAUCAGGUCGCUAUCAUCGUGGAUCAAAUUCCGGUCAACAAAACGCUCAUGAUGAAUGGCCUCACAAGUCUCCCUCAAAAACCUCAUAUUUUGCUCAGCGCCGACUCCAUUGGGGGGCGCAUCCUGAGAAUCAACACACAAACCCGCGCGGUGGACGUUUCCUUCUCAGAUGCAGCUCUGGGUCCCGGGGGACCGACCACAGUCCCUUUGGGCGCUAACGGCCUGCACACCUCGAGUAGUGGUGACUACCUGUACUUCUCGAAUUCCGGCCAGGGAACCUUUGCGCGCGUCAAGAUCAAUGCUGAGGGGGACAAGGAAGGGCCUAUUGAGAUCAUUGCCCGGCUCGCGGGUGAAAUCAGUCUGCUGAACGCCUAUGACGACUUUGCCCUCGACGCUGCGGGGAAUGCUUAUGUUUCCGUGCAUUCGACCUCGCUACAGAAGAUCACACCGGCGGGCGUACAGACUACCGUGGCGACGCAGCUGAAAGACCCCACGGCAGCGGCCAUGUCUGGGCAUGGGGAAUAUGUCUAUAUAUCCACGGGGGGUGGCAUUAUAGACGGGGUGAAUUAUGGGGGGCAGGUUUUGCGGGCAAAGGCUGAUGCAUGCUAGGCUAGGCUAGGCUAGCAUGUAGGACUGAGUUAAGCGAGGCUCUGCUCAAUCAAAAUAAACCACAAACCUUCUACCUCCUCCUCGACUAUCUCUCUAUCAUUAUAAACCGCAACAUAUCCAUCAUGAGGCUCAUCGUGGCAGGUUCCACCGGCUUUGUUGGCACCAAGGUAAUCAGACAAGCCCUCUCCGACCCCGCCAUCACCUCCAUCGCAGCUCUCGCGCGUCGCAAGACCGAAAUCCCCAAGAAUGUCGCCCCCAACGUCGAUACCUCCAAACUCACUUCGGUCAUCUGUGAAGAUUUUGAGAACUACUUAGAGAGUGUGAAGAAAGAAUUGUCCGGCGCUGAUGCUUGUAUUUGGUUGGUUUGCCAUUUCUUUACCUACCUACAGUAGCUGCUUGUGUCAAAAUCUAACUGUUGAAUUUACUUUUGGGUCAUCUUAGGCUCAUCGCGGUGACUCCUUCCCAACUCAAGACCAUGACGGCCGAUUAAGCACGAAGGAUUUGCCUAGAUUACACCGUCACUGGCGUGGAAACCAUCACCAAAUUGCCCCGCAGUGAUCCAACCAACACUACCAACACUACCAACAACCCUUUUCGAUUCAUUUACUGCAGCGGUGCCAACAGUGAGCAGGACCCAAACAAGAAGCCCUGGGUCUUGGGUGACUAUUGUUUGAUCAGGGUAUGCCACUUUUCACUCCCCUCAUUUCAUUCACUCCAUCCUCUCAUCCCCAUCCCAUCAUCAUCAUCCAGACAAAUCGAUCUUUCAUAGUCACUUAGAAAACAAAAUAGGGACUCGUAGAGAGCAAAGUCCUAAAUUUCGCAAAAGAAUCCAAUGGAACUGUGCUUGCAGCAGUAGCAAAAUCAGGUCUCAUCGACGCACCAGGCAAGACAGGCCCCGUCAUGAAAGUCGUGCAGACGAUUGGUAGCACGAUCAUUGGCCUUCCCAAGGUAGAUAUCAGUGAGAUCUCAGCCACGCUACUAAAGCAAGCGGUGGAUGGGAUUGAAAAGGAAAUAUUACUGAAUGAGGAUUUGGUGAGAAUUGGGCGGGGGGUGUUGGAUGCUUGAUUCUCUUUGAUUCAUAGGGUUGCGGGCAAAACCGGGGUUUCUUCCUGGU